UUUUGCAAAGGCCAGUUCCUCCUAGAAAACCCGAACUUUCAGCACCUCAUGUUGGUGUCCUCAAGACGAUUCCCUAAAGCAAGCAGAUCCAGAGCAAGACCUCAAUGAUGGCAAACUCAGUUCUGAUAUCUGAUCUGGAUUUUUCGUACCAAUAUCCAUAUGAUAAUUACAGUGAAUACUCCGGCACCUUUGACCUUAACGAUAUAGGAGCAGCAGCAGCACCUUGUGGAAUUAAUGUUACACCAGAUUUUUUCAAGUACCUAGUGGCAUUCAUCUAUGGCAUCACAUUCCUUCUGAGCCUGGUGGGAAACUCCCUGGUGGUUCUGGUGAUUGCCUACAACAAAGGAAACCGUUCUGCCACAGAUGUGUAUCUUCUGAACCUCGCCAUUGCUGAUCUCCUCUUUGCACUUAGUUUGCCAUUCUGGGCUGUAGAAAGAGUGCAUGAAUGGGUCUUUGGCACUCCCAUGUGCAAAAUUCUGUCGCUUCUGAAGGAAGUCAACUUCUACAGUGGCAUCCUCCUGCUGGCCUGUAUCAGCAUGGAUCGCUACCUGGCAAUAGUUUAUGCUACUCGGGCAGUCACUCAGAAGAGGAGCUGGGUCAAAUUUAUCUGUGUUGGCACCUGGCUGUUCUCCUUCCUCUUCUCCCUUCCUGGGAUUAUCUUCCGUGUGGCUUACCUACCACCUUAUUUCUUCAAGUGUGUUUGUUAUGAAAAUAUUGAAGGGAAUCAGACAUCCGAAAUUAGGGUGAAACUGAGAAUCCUGCCACAAACGUUUGGCUUCUUUCUUCCCUUGAUCAUCAUGCUCUUCUGCUAUGGUGUGACAGUAUACAGACUCUACCAGACUAAUAACAGUCAAAGAAAGAAGGCCAUGAAAGUCAUCUUGGCUGUGGUGCUGGUCUUCCUAGUCUGUUGGCUGCCCUACAAUAUCUCUCUGCUUCUUGAUACGUUAAUGAGGUCUGGAGCUAUUGGUGAAACCUGUGACCUUCGCAACAGCAUUGAUGCAGCCCUUUCAGGUACUGAAAUCCUGGGAUUUUCUCACAGCUGCAUAAACCCCAUCAUAUAUGCCUUCAUAGGGCAGAAGUUCCGGAACAACUUCCUGAAGAUCCUGGUAACGAAAGGCCUCAUCAGCAAAGAAGCCUUGACUCGGUUUAGAAGGGGUUCCUCCUUCUCAUCCACCUCUGGCAUCACUUCUACAACUCUGUAAUAGCUAUGUUUGUAAGGAGGUCUUAGUAGGCUUCAAGAGUCAGACUAAGGUGAUACUACUGAGAUGCUUUUAAAAAAACCCUGUAUACCUUCAGGUAUAGGGUGGUGUAGAAAUAAUAAAAUAAAAUAAAAUAAAAAUAAUCUGCCAGUAUUAGCUUAGAUUUGGCAAUGAUUAUUGAUGACAAUCCCUGCAUGCUUGUCACAAAAGCAAAUACCGUAUAUUCCGGCGUAUAAGAUGACUGGGUGUAUAAGAUGACCCCCCAACUUUUCCAGUUAAAAUAUAGAGUCUGGGAUAUACUCGCCGUAUAAGAAAUACGACCCAGUGUAUAAGACGACCCCCGACUUUUGAGAUGAUUUACUGUACCUAGGUUAAAAAGUAGUCUUAUACGCAGGAAUAUACAGUACAUCUAUUUUCCUCCCAGAAAGUUUUUGUGAUUCAAAUAAUCUGAACAUUUGCACAUCAGGUAUUGUACACCCAGAAACAUGUAUAAUGUUCUUAAAUAUAAUUCUGUGCAUUAAAACCAAGAUGGCUGCCGGUUUAUGUCCAGUGCAGAUAAUAUACAGUUCUUUGAUAAAUGGUAGCCAAACAAUAUCCUGUUCUUCCAUAGCCAUUCUGUCUAAAGUAGAAUCCUAUGACGAAAUUCUGGGUGGAUUUAUAUGCUUAACAAAAAAUAAGAUAUAUGGAGAGAAAAGAAACUGAAUUCUAAAUCUAUCUCGAAUUCAUUUUUAAUCAUUCUUUUGUAAAUCUUUCUUUUCUUUACUUUAAAAUGAAUUUGUUAAUACAUCUUGAUAGAAAUAUGAUUUUGCUGUAAAUUUGCCUGUGGAGCUAUGAGUCAAUGCAAUGGAGAGAGGGUGGUAAUAAGGAAUAAUGCACAAUGGCCUUUAGGGAAAAGGCCUGUCUCCAUAACUUUGACCUGAGGUCUCAUAUUUCCCUAAUUGUUAGGGUAUGUUCCCAUUACUGCUUAGUCCAAAUCCAGUGUGUCCACUGCUAGUUUUUGAAGCUGCAUUCACACGUUAUUUACAAUUAAUAUUAAUCCUGUAGUUUCUUGACAUACUGCUGUUUGCUGCAGUUCUCUCAAAACAUUUGCUGUGUUUUAAGCUGCUAAUGCGAACAUACCAUGAAUUAAGGAAUAGGAUGCAUUGAUCUGAUUGCCAUAAUUCACUUGUGUCAAGGUAGGUUCAUUGUGCACUGUUUCCGCACACAUCCAGAGCCAGUGUCAGGGACUGGGCAGAGAAGGAGGAGUGGUGGAGACCCCCUCCCCAUCCUGACCCUUCCAGGGAGGAGGAAGACUGUAUAGAUCAGGCAUCCCCAAACUAUGGCCCUCCGGAUGUUUUGGUCCACAACUCCCAUGAUCCCUAGCUAACAGGACCAGUGGUCAGGGAUGAUGGGAAUUGUAGUCCAAAACAUCUGGAGGGCCGAAGUUUGGGGAUGCCUGGUAUAGAUUCACAACAGUGGUUUGCAAGAGGUCACAGCUCAGAGGCAGAUGAGGAGAAAAGUUGGGAAAUAAUAGGAGAGGAGGAGCAGGUAGAGCCAGAGCAGCAGCUGGCUGACACCUUGUCACUAGAAAGCAUCCCAGAACCUGGUGAGCCUUAAAAGUAGGAGAGCAAAGAGCUCGAAGACAGAGGACACUUAGUGGCCCCCAUAGAGGAGAUGAUGAUGAUGAUGACAAAUGGAGAUUCACUCGGGACAACGCCAUUAUCCAAGAGGCUGGAUUCUGUAGCCUCUCUCUGUAAAGUUUGAAAUAAAAAAGGACUGUAAGAAACCUUUCCUUGUCUUUCUAAUUUCCUGGGCAACCAGCCGAGAGCUGCUGACAGCACCCUGACAGCCAGAAAUGGAGAACUGAUGGUCUAGUGUGAGCUUUAAACAGUCUACAUGGCUGUUGAUGGAUGAUAUCUCAGGGAUAAAGUUUCGGCCCUUUGCAAAUGUUGUAGCUAGCUGUAUGAAAUAAGGUCUGGCUGAUGUUAUGUAGAUAUGUAUUCCUACAAA